AUGCUGAAAUCUCAACCUAAAAGUCAAAUGAAAGGAUUGACUCAAUUCAUUGUUGAUCUUCGAAAUUCUAAAGAUCAAGAUGAAGAAGAUAAAAAAAUCAAUUUAGAAAUCAAUAAUAUUAAAACUAAAUUCAAUAAUAACAAUUUAAAUGGUUAUCAAAAGAAAAAAUACGUUUGUAAAUUAAUUUAUAUUUAUUUAAUUGGGAAUCCUAAUUUAGUUGAUUUCGGUUUAAAAGAAUCAUUUCAAUUAUUACAAUCCAAUAUAUUUUCUGAAAAAAAACUUGGUUAUAUUGCUGUGGCAACAUUAUUAGAUAAUGAAAAGAUACUAAUAAAUGGUAAGAACCAAAAAAGUAAAAAAUUCACAUCUUCUAAACAACGGUUGAAUUAUAUUCUUGAAAAUAUUCAUACUGAUCUUGUACGAGAUUUACAAAGUAAUAAUGAAGAAUUCAAUUGUUUAGCCAUUCAAUUUAUUGCUUCAGUGUUCACUAUUAAUGCUGAUAGUGAUAAUACUAUCAUUAAGGAAUCAGAUGAAAAUUCUCAUUUAUGGUUGGAAUUGGUUGAUAUGGUUUAUGCUUCAGUUACUUCUCCAAUAUCAAGUCCAAUUGUUAAAAGCAAAGCCAGUAUAGCUUUAAAAUCUUUAUUGAAAUUAUACCCUCAAGUCAUUAUAACUAAUAACAAUUGGAUCCCUAGACUUUUAAAACUUAUUGACGAUAAAGAUUAUUCUACAAUUAUAUCAUCAAUCCCACUUUUACAAUUUAUUUUGAGUUUAGAACCUCAAUAUGUCAAAUCAGUUAUGCCCUCAAUAGCUUCUCAAUUAAGUCAAAUUGUCAUUGAAGGGAAAUGCCCUGAACCAUAUUUUUAUUAUGACUCACCAGCUCCUUGGCUAAUUGUUAAAUUAUUACAACUUGUUGAACAAUUAUUUUUACUUGUUGAUCAACAAGGGUCACAAGUGUUAACCAUUGAUAAAUUAGAUGAUAAUACAAUAAAUCAAUUGCGUCAAGUGGUAGCCAAAUCUAUUCAAAAUGCAUCUCAACCAAUUAAAGGAUUACCCAAUAGAAAUUCUCAAAGCUCUAUACUUUUCCAAGCAGUUUCUCUUGCUGUAUUUUUAGAAGCAUCUCCCGAGGCCAUAAGUGGUGCUAUGAAUGCAUUGCUAAUGUUAUUGACAUCCAAUGAAACCAACACUAGAUAUUUAUCAUUAGAUGCCUUAAUCAAACUAACUGCAAGAUCAAAUUCAAAUUAUUUAUCAUCACUGAAAGAUAAUUUUGACAAGGCCUUAAAUAUAAUCAUGAAAUUAUUACGUGAUAAAGACAUUUCAGUACGUCGUAAGGCAUUAGAUUUAUUAUACACCAUUUGUAAUUUUGAAAAUUACAAUAUUAUUAUUAGUAAACUAUUAGAUUAUUUUCCUAAUGCAGAUUUCCUAUUAAAAUCAGAAUUGGCCAUUAAAAUUGCAGUUAUGGCAGAAAAAUUUGCUACUGAUUCAACUUGGUAUGUAACAACUAUGCUUAAAUUGUUAUCUAUUGGUGGUGGAAGUAAUUCAAAUGGAGUUGGGUUUAUGAGUAAUGAAGUUUGGGAAAGAAUUGUCCAAAUUGUCGUCAAUAAUGAAUCUUUACAGAAAAAGACUUGUAAAUUAUUGAUUAAUUUGUUAAGAAGACCAUUUGAUCAACGUAAUGUUGCCUCACCCCUGCAACACCAACAGCAACAACCACCACCACAGGCAUUACCAUUAUCAGAAAGUCUUAUCAAAGUAGCUGCAUUUGUGUUGGGUGAAUUUGGAGAUCAAAUCAAUGAUAUUGAAGAUUUAAAUGUAAUUGUUCAAUUUCAAUUAUUAUUUGAUGCAUAUUUUAAAGUUUCAUUAUUAACAAGAGCAAUGUUACUUUCCACUUUUUUAAAAUUUCUUGUUAAAUUUCCUAAUGAAUCAUUUGUUCCUGAUAUUGUUGAUUUAUUUGAAAUUGAAACUCAAUCGAUUGAUUUAGAAAUCCAAACUAGAGCUUAUGAAUAUUUGAAAUUAGUUACAUUACAAUCAGAUUUCAAACUUGCCCAAAAUGUUAUUAAACCAUUCCCAGCAUUUAAUAAUAAAGUGGAAAAUCCAUUAAUGAAUCGACUUGGAAGUGUUAGUAGAAUUGUUGGUGUUAAUCGAUCACGAUCAUUAGUCAUGGCGAAAAAUAUUAAAAGUAAACCAGUUUCUAGAGCCAUACCUGAAGAAGAAGAAGAAGUAGAAGAAUUUAAUACAACUAUAGAAAAUGAUCCAUUUAAUGAAGAAUCAGCAACCGCCGCCGCCACCACCACCACCACCACAACAACAACAACUAAUAAUAAUAAUGGUUCACAUUCAUUGAAAUUGUCACCAAAUUGGUAUGCUGGAUAUCAUAGAAUGUUACAUUUUGAUGCCGGGAUAUUUUAUGAAGAUCAAUUGAUUAAAAUCACUUAUCGAAUCAUGAAAAAUACUAAUGAAUUAACAAUCAAAUUCACCAUUAUUAAUAAUGCUCGUAAAAACAUUAAUAAGGAUAUAACUGGAUUUACCAUACUCAAUUUAGAAUCAUUAGCUAAUAUUCAAGAUCCAAAUUAUACUUUACAUAUACAAACACUUCCUGAAUCUACAAUUAAAGAUAAAACACAAAUGGAAAUUUAUAUUAAAGUGAGAAAUAUCAUUGAAAAUAAUGAAAGUCCAGUAUUAUCAAUGACAUAUAUGUGUGGUGGAUCAUUUAAUCAAUUAAAUUUGAAAUUCCCCGUAUUACUAUUAAAAACCAUUACACCAACUACAUUAUCCACUUUUGAAGAAUUUAAUAAAAGAUGGAAUCAAAUUGGUCAAUUAUUAGGUAUUGAACAAGGUCAAUUUAUCCAUAAAGUAAUUUUAACUCAUCGUUAUAAUUCAUCAAAUAUUUCUCGUUUAUUAUCAAGAGUUGGAUUAGCUAUUAUUAAAACAACUGAUGAUACCUUAAAUGGGCCAAUAUAUGUUGCUAGUGCUGGUAUUUUACAUACACAAAAAUCAAAUUAUGGAGUUUUAAUAACUAUUAGAGGCACAGAUGAGAUUGGUAAAGAAUUACAAAUUGUUGUUAGAUGUACUGGUGGUGGAGUAGCAGAAGUUAUUUGUUCUACAUUAAAAGAGAUUUUUACUGGAAAAUUUUAA